CGUGGUGCUGUCACUGAGGCGGAAAUGAAAGUUCACUAGCGAUAGCGGCGGAGCACAGCUGAAAAAGAGCUGUGAUGUCAUGGCAGCUGCCAGCGUGAGCAGACCUGGCAGUGCCCAGACCGCUGAGAAGUCUCAGUUGACCUUGAAAGUGGUGUCAGCGAAGCCUCAGUCCCCAAAGCUGCCGAACCGUCACUCUCGGCUCAGCUCCUUCGUCGAGGUGACUGCAGACGGCCUGACCAGCGAAACCAAAAAAACAGGCAAACGCAGCGGGCUCCUCGAGCUGCAGUGGAACGAAGACCUCACCCUUAAUGUGACGCCACAGAGCCGUCUGGAUUUGAAGCUGUGGAGCUGCCACACCCUGAGAAAGGAGCUGCUGGGCAGCGCGACCAUCGACCUGCUGGACACACUGCGCUCACACGAUGGCAAGAUGGAGAACGUCCAGCUGAGUCUGGUGCUGCAAACGGAGAACAAAGGCUCGGUUGUAGCAGGAGGAGAGCUCAACGUCUGCCUGGACGGCAUGGUUGUUGAUCUGGGCACUCUGCCCAAUGGCAGCACGGCAGCAGACAAGAUACUUCAGUCAGAUAGACCAAACCUGAGGAGGACACAGAGUGAGGAAACUCCCAGUGCAGCAGGCUCACAGGCCAGGAGCAACAGGCACUCGAUGGGGGGCUCGCAGGGUGAGUCCCCGGGGGGCUCCAGAGGGAGCUCUCUGACGAAUGGGGACCUGAGUGAGGAGCAGAGUCCCGGACCGGGCGCUCGCCGGCGGUCCUCGGCCCUCAGCGCAGAUAAGGUUGAGUUGACGUCAAACGGCCUGGAAAACAGUCGUGGCAGUGUUUCCCGACACACACCUCCUCCAUCUUCUCCUUCGGGCCGGUCUCCAGCUGCCAGCAGCAGUGGCAGUAGCCCCUCUCCUGGUCAGCAGGACGCCCUGGGUCCAGCUGCCUCGGCGGAGCCCAAUUCCAACACCAGCUCCAGCACAGAGCAGGCCGGCAACAGCACCACAGAGACCGCCACAGACUCUCUCCCGGCAGGCUGGGAGCAGAGGGUGUUGCCUCAUGGCAGAGUGUACUACGUCGACCACAACACCAAAACCACAACGUGGGAGCGACCACUGCCACCGGGCUGGGAGAAACGAGUGGACCAGCGGGGCCGGUUCUACUAUGUGGACCACAACACCAGAACCACCACGUGGCAGAGGCCCACGGCCGAGUCUGUGCGAAACUACCAGCAGUGGCAGAGCCAGCGCAGCCAGCUACAGGGUGCCAUGCACCAGUUCAGCCAGCGCUUCCUCUACCAGCCAUCCGGUGCUCCGGUGGAAAAUGACCCUCUGGGCCCGCUGCCUCCUGGAUGGGAGAAGCGUCAGGACAAUGGCAGGGUGUACUUUGUCAACCACAACACACGGACAACACAGUGGGACGAUCCUCGGACCCAAGGGAUGAUCAAGGAGCACCCCCUGCCCCCGGGCUGGGAGAUGAAGUACACCGCAGAGGGAGUCCGAUAUUUCGUGGACCACAACUCGCGCACCACCACCUUUAAAGACCCUCGACCUGGGUUUGAGUCAGGGUCACGGCAGGGCGGAUCGCCGGGCGCCUACGACCGCAGCUUCAGGUGGAAAUACCACCAGUUCCGUUUCCUGUGCCACUCGAAUGCCUUACCCAGCCACGUGAAGAUCUCCGUGUCCAGACAGACGCUGUUUGAGGACUCGUUUCAGCAGAUCAUGAACGUGAAGCCAUACGAUCUUCGCCGCCGGCUCUACAUCAUUAUGAGAGGGGAGGAGGGGCUGGACUAUGGUGGCAUCGCCAGGGAGUGGUUCUUCCUGCUGUCCCACGAGGUCCUGAACCCCAUGUACUGUCUGUUUGAAUACGCCGGCAAGAACAACUACUGCCUGCAGAUCAACCCGGCCUCCUCCAUAAACCCCGACCACCUCACGUACUUCCGCUUCAUCGGACGCUUCAUCGCCAUGGCUUUGUACCACGGAAAGUUCAUCGACACUGGCUUCACGCUGCCUUUCUACAAGCGAAUGCUGGACAAGAAACCCACUCUCAAAGACCUGGAGUCCAUAGACCCGGAGUUUUAUAACUCCAUCAUGUGGGUGAAAGAGAACAACCUGGAGGAGUGCGGCGUGGAGCUGUAUUUUGCACAGGACAUGGAGAUCCUCGGGAAGGUUUCCACUCACCAGCUGAAGGACGACGGGGAGAACGAGCUGGUCACCGAGGAAAACAAGGAAGAGUACAUCAGCCUGCUGACAGACUGGAGGUUCACCCGCGGGGUGGAGGAGCAGACCAAAGCCUUCCUGGACGGCUUCAACGAGGUGGUGCCUCUGGAGUGGCUUCGCUACUUUGAUGAGAAGGAGCUGGAGCUGAUGCUUUGUGGGAUGCAGGAGAUCGAUUUGGCCGACUGGCAGAAGAACACCAUCUACAGACAUUACACCAAGAACAGCAAGCAGAUCCACUGGUUCUGGCAGGUGGUGAAAGAAAUGGACAACGAGAAGAGAAUCCGGCUGCUCCAGUUUGUAACGGGAACCUGUCGGCUGCCCGUCGGAGGUUUCGCCGAGCUCAUAGGAAGUAACGGUCCCCAGAAGUUCUGCAUAGACAAAGUGGGGAAGGAGACUUGGCUUCCAAGAAGCCACACAUGCUUCAAUCGUCUGGAUCUGCCCCCCUACAGAAGCCUGGAGCAGCUCCGGGAGAAGCUCCUGUUCGCCAUCGAGGAGACGGAGGGAUUCGGACAGGAGUGAGGCGAGGCGAGGAGGCGGGGGGAGGACGCUUAAAUCGAUGGAAUCGGUUUUUUUUGUCAUUCUUACUUUGCGUUUGUUGAUCACAGGACGGAGGAAUCACCUGUCAGCUAAACAAACGCUUACCUGGAGGGGGGGG